AUGGAGCAUGGUGGCAGACUAUCUAAGCGACAGGAGGAGGUUAUGGCGGUGAUGAAUGCCACUUCAGAGGAAAGGAGAAACUCUAGUCUGCUGUUUGUUGAUAAUACUACCAUAGUUGGUAAGGGCAGUGGACCCCUGGAAGCUAGACGCUGUGCACAGGAGCUGUUUUCCAAGGCUAAAGAGUGGUUUGCUGCAAACAAACUCAAGUUGAACGAGGACAAGACACAGAAGAUGCUUUGUACUCUUAGCACCCACACUCCAGGGGAUGAAGCAGUCAAUUUGCUUGGCUUUGGAAUUGAUGCCAAAUUAAGUUGGGAGCCGCAUAUUGACCAGCACGCACAGAUAAUCGGAAAAGCUGACGAAGAACGACUACUAAAAGAUAGAAAACUAGUUCUGCUAGUUGACUUGGAUCAAACGUUAAUCCACACCACAAACGAUAACAUUCCAAAUAAUCUCAAGGAUGUUUUUCAUUUUCAAUUGUACGGGCCGAAAUCUCCAUGGUAUCACACUCGAUUUCGUCCAAGAACGAACCAAUUCCUUAUGGCGAUGAGUGAAUACUACGAACUCCACAUCUGCACUUUCGGUGCCCGAAACUAUGCUCAUAUGAUUGCCAGAUUCUUGGAUCCUGAUGGGAAAUUUUUCUCCCAUAGAAUAUUGUCCAGAGACGAAUGCUUCAAUCCAAAUUCAAAGAUGGCAAACCUCAAGGCGCUUUUCCCUUGCGGAGAUAAUAUGGUGUGCAUCAUUGACGACAGAGAAGACGUUUGGAAUUUCGCGCCCAACUUGAUCCAUGUGAAGCCGUACCAUUUUUUCAGUCACACCGGAGACAUCCAUGCUCCUCCCGGGCUCUCCAAAUGUGAAAAUGAUGAGAAAGAAGGCAUCGAUUUCUCUCAAUUCGCUGAAGGAACCAAAGUAAAAUCGAAAGCUGGAAAAUUCAAAUCCAAAAAUGGUCUCAAAGAGAAAAAGAAGAAAGAAGUGAAUGAUAGUGAAUUGGAAGAAGGCGAACUAAAGUCUGCAGAUAACUCUAUUAGUGAAUCAGAGUUAGAAAACAUUGAAAAAUGUUCAAUUAGUACAAACUCAAUUACAGCACCUCCUGCCAAACCCGUAUCAGAUUCUGAAUCUACCACCGAUAAUUCCACUGCUAUUCCCAAUAGUGAUGUGAAUGAUAAGGAGAAGUCCUCUGAAGAACAAUUGAAGUGUGAUGAAGCUGUGAAAAGUUCAGAUCGUUCUGCUGAUUCCAAAGCCGAGGAUUCUAAUGUGGAUAGUGAAAGUACUACUACUAUUGGGAAGAAAAAGGUGGAUUCCACGGAAGGGAAAGAGGAAAAAAGUGAUGAAGAGGAAAGGGGCCCAGUAGUUGAUGCAAAUUCAAAAACUGACGAUGAAACUGGUAGUAUCGAAGACAUCAAGAAAGUGGAGCCUAUUGAUUCUACGGAAAGUGGUGAACCAAAUGAGAAACUUGAAGAAUCCAAAGAAUGUAAAGAACUUGAUAGUUGUAACAAAGAAGAUAAAACUGAUUCUAGAAUUGAUAGUAGUAUCAAAGAAGAUAAAACUGAUUCUACACUUGAUAAUAGUAACAAAGAAGGUGAAAAAGAUUCUGAAGUCCAGAAUGGUCCAGAUGUAACUUGUAGUGAUGAGAGAUUGAAGAAAUCGGAGGAAGAUAACUUGUUAGAAGUGGAGGAAAGCGACGAUUAUCUUUUGUAUUUGGAAGAUAUUCUGAAAAAGAUACACGCCGAGUUCUACCAUUCGUACGAUUCCAAGCAGGAUGCUGAUCUGAAGCAGAUUGUGCCAACGUUGAAGGAGAAGGUUUUGGCGGGGACAAAGCUGGUUUUCAGCGGUCUGGUGCCAACUCAUGCAGCCCUAGAGCAGAGCAAAGCGUACUACAUCGCCAGAAGCCUGGGCGCCGAAGUGACCAAGGAGCUGGACAAGGAGACGACGCACCUGAUAGCGGUGAGGUCGGGAACGGCCAAGAUGAACGCCGCUAAGAAGAUGAAGCAUGUGAGGGUGGUGACUCCGGACUGGUUGUGGUCAUGCGCCGAGAGGUGGGAGCGGGUGGAAGAGCUCCUGUUUCCGGUGACUUGUGAGAAGACAAGCUCGCGUCACCCGCCACCACACUGCGUCAGUCCCACGCACGGCAUGCCCGCCCAGCGACAACGGACUCCCAGCGGUCGCUUCAUGGACACCAUCAACCCGCUCAUGUCGUUCUCGUCCGAGGACAUCGCCGACAUGGACGCCGAGGUCGAGGAUAUCUGCAACGAGUCGGAGAGUGACGGCGAGGGCGACGCCCAGGAGAGGCCCGCCAAGCGGAAAAAGUUCGAGUCCACUUUCGAAAACGACGAGUCUAGUUCGAGCUCGGCUGAUUCUCUUUCAGGGGAAAACAUCAGGGGCUGGAGCAAGAAGCGGCUGAAACCGGAAGAACCCGACAUGGAAGAGGAGGAGUCGCUGAACACGAGGUUCAGGAGGGGGGAAGAGCUUCCUAGCGACGUGGACCUGGGAGAGGACAGCGGCGCUAGUGUGGGCAGCGAGGAGCCCAUGGAUGAUAUCAGCGACGGUGACUGGAACAUGAUGGGCGCCGCCCUUGAACGAGAGUUCCUCGAGGGAGAUUGAACAGCCAAAAUGAUGGACGCUGCACUCGAGCGAGAAUUCCUUGAGAGAGAUUGAACAGCUGUGCAGUGCAGUGUACAAAGUGUACUCUAUAUAGUUGUAAUUCGUCUCAUCUCCACAAUACCUCUACGGUUUCUUUGCCAAUGCAUUCAACUCAGUGUACAAAGUGUAUUGUAGUUGUAAUUUGAUUUAUUUCAAGAAUACCUCUAGAACUCCAACCCUCAUUCAAGGCCAACUAAUAAGACAGUGUCCUAGUUGUAAUCAAUUCCUUUUCAGGAACACCUUUAAUAUUCUCAAUCCUCAUCCAAGGAUUAUUUGCCAAUAGAUUCAACUUGUAAGACAGUGUACAAAGUGUAUCCUAGUUGUAAUUCGUCUCACCUCAAUAAUACCUCUACCAUUUUUGAUCCAAUGCAUUCAACCUAUAAGACAGUGUACAAUGUGUGUCCUAGUUAUAAUUAAAUCCAUCUAUAAGAUUUUCAAUCCUCAUUCAAGGAUUCCUUGCUAAUAGAUUCAACUCAUAAGACGGUGUUAAAAGUGUACCCUAGUUGUAAUUUGUAAAAUCUCAAUAACUCCUCUACGACUUUCAAUCCUCAGCAGGUUAAUGCAUUUUGGCUGGGCAAAGGCUAAAAAUAAACUUUCUACUGGUCAUAUUUUUCAAAGUUUUUUUCGAUUUGAAUACCAUCAAGCUAUCAAAAAAGUUUUCUCAGGAAAACAUUUUUUUCGAUCAUUACUUUUUGUGAUAUGAGCCCCUAAAGUUUAAAUUUUUGGGACAACAUUUUAAAUUGGGUAAGAGAUUGAAAUGAGAUUUAUGAUGUUCAUGAUUAUUGAUUUACGAUCAAUGAGAUUUAGAGGAUACAUUCUUCAUGGUAUUUUUGAUUGAAUAAAACAAUUUUUUUUUCAAAUAUAUCAGUUUUUGAGAAAGUUAUUCGAUUUACAAAAAAGGACCAAAAAUAACUUUCA